AUGUCUCCAUUGACGGUGCCACCAGUGAGUGAGGUUCAGGUUGAGAGCUUCGUCCUCCCGCCGACGGCGAAACCUCCUGGCUCCGGCAAUACCUUGUUCCUCAGCGGGGCAGGAGUGAGAGGCUUGGAAGUUGAUGGGAAAUAUGUGAAAUACACGGCCAUUGGAGUUUACUUGGAAGCAACAGCUGUGCCUAUUCUGGCCACUAAGUGGAAGGGCAAGACGGCUGAUGAACUAAGAGACUCGAUUGAAUUCUUCAGAGAUGUUGUCACUGGGCCAUUCGAGAAGCUCACGCACGUGUCAUUCAUCACUCAACUCACGGGACCGCAAUACACGGAUAAAGUAACCGAGAAUUGCAUUGCUUUAUGGAACUGCAAUGGAGGUCACAAGCAAGAAGAAGCGGAAGCCAUUGAUGAGCUUAUCGAAGUCUUCAAGGACCAAACCUUCCCUCCUGGCUCCUCCAUCUUCUUCACUCAAUUAACUAGUGGAUCCUACGUGAUAAGUUUCUCCGACCAUGAUCAUAUACCGGAAACCGGGAUUGCAGUGAUUGACGACAAUGAACUGGCGGGGACCGUUCUGGAGACGAUCAUAGGGAAGAAGAAGAACGGCGUUUCUCCUGCAGCAAGGCAUUGUUUGGCUUGCAGGCUUGCUCAGUUGAUGAAGGAGAACAUUCAGAGCAAUGACAAGGAAGGAAAAAAUGGCAAAUCAGAGGAUUUUUCAAGUUAG